GAAUGUUUCCAAUUUCUAUGUGCCUUGUCUAUUGCCUCCUGUCAAGAAAAAUAUGCAACUGAAAAUGGCACCAGUUUACAAACAUCUUAAUCGAAGCAAAGGUUGUAUGGGUAACUUUAUAUUUAAGUCAAAGUAUACACUUUUGAUCGCUAAUUCCUGGAGCAAAACCAAAGACGAAGUGAAAUCGGCAGCUAUAUGGAGAUGCACGAAGAAGGAAUCCUGCCAAUUCAAAGAAAAACACAACAAUGAGUCUAAGCACUUUUGCACCUGCAAUCCAAACAAUGUCAAAACUAGCCUGUGCAUUGGUAUUAAAUGCAAGAACAUUGUAAGGAAAAAUAAGGCAAGAGCCACAAAGUGUAAAUAUACAAUGGAACAUAAUGCACAAUCACCAACUGAUUGCGAAAACUUUACAUCUAUACAAACUUUGGGAAAGGCAGAAAUCGCAUCUCAAGGAGGUAAAGUCCCUUGUAAGAAUGUCUGUUCCUUCUCCGUCAUAAAGAGUGGAGUUCAUGCAAUUAGAAGCUCGGGUGUGGAAAAGUUUCUUAAAGUGGUUAUUAGCAAAUUCGAUGAUCUUGAAGCUUAUGGAAAUAUGACGAAUUUCUUUGAUAUCAUUGACAAAUGCAGUGACGAUACGAAAUGCCAGGUAUUUGUAAACAGACACAAGUCAAGUAUUUUUCUAUGUGUCUUUUCCACUACUACUGACUCCAUUUGUGUUACACUAAAAUGCCGUGAAGUACAUGAUACAUCUACUGACACCAACAAUAUGGACACCAACGCAGAAAAUUGGAGAACUUUGCAAACAGCAUGGAAAAACUGGAAGAAGGAGAUUGUGCUCGUGUCCGCAGGUGUUGUUCUUUUAAGUGGAAUAUCUGGAUUUCUGUUUGGUGUUUGUUUUUCUGUCUUUAGAAAAAGCAGGCCAAUCAAAAGAUACUUAGAAAGGAAACACGUUUAUACCGUAAAUUCCGAACUCUAUGAGCAAAUCAGCGAUACAUCAAGUAUUAUACAGGAGAGAUGUAUCCAUGCCACAGUGUAUCAACAUUCACUUAGAGAAGGAAAUGAACAUGUCUUCUAUGGACGCCAAAUCUUGUAUCAAGACAAGCAAAAUACACAUCUAUAACAAGACAAUGGAAAUCGAUUCAUUCCUUCAAAAAAGUUCGCCAUCAGAUGGAAACAGUAUGAUGUCCAACUUAUCCUGUGUAAUUGAUUCCAACACUACGGCGCCAUCAUCUGACACCUGCAUCUGUAAGUCGUUAGUGACGAUUCCACUAUCAGCUGAUGACAAAUGCCAGGACUACUGCACUAUUAUCCGCGUUUAUGUACAUGCAGCUACAAUGUGUAUCUGCGAUGCUUGCAAUGAAAACCAUAUGUUGGUUUACCGGUAUUUUGUCAAAUCACCUGCAAUAACUGAAGGAAGUAACACAACCUUUAAAGUUCUAGGAGGACUCUUUGGAGGGUUAUUAUUUGGUUUGGUUAUCGGCACAGGGUUAGCAGUUUGGACUUUUAAAAGGCAAGCUGUGUAACCACUCUUAAUAAUAUUACUCAAAUUAUAACUCCAAAAAUCUAAGUAAAUAUCAUAGUCC